CCACCGAAAAAAGCCCUCUCGCAUUUCGAGAAUUUCCUUGAUCGUCAAUCAACCACACGCCCAGCCACAACCGCCAAAAUGACGAAGGGUACCUCCAGCUUCGGUAAGCGUCACAACAAGACGCACACCCUGUGCCGACGAUGCGGUCGCCGCUCGCUGCACAUCCAGAAGAAGGAGUGCUCCUCUUGCGGCUACCCCUCUGCUAAGACCCGGAAGUUCAACUGGGGCGAGAAGGCCAAGCGGAGAAAGACCGUCGGCACCGGCCGCAUGCGCUACCUCAAGGACGUUUCCCGGCGAUUCCACAACGGCUUCCAGACCGGCCAGCCCAAGGGUGCCCGCAGCGCCCCCAAGACCGAGUCCUCUUAAGCUCGCCAUCGCAUCCAAACGACAAAAAAAGCAACAAAGCUACGAUGACGGAACGACUCCUGUGGACCGCAUAAGGGAGAGGAUUGGGGGGAGCCUUUGUUAGAGCAGGAAGGGAUGGCGCAUACUCGAUGGCGGCGGCCCGACGCAUGCCGGAACGACCGAAUCGAUUGCUACGUCUAGCCUGCUUGGACGGCUCUCACCUCUACAAGGGGGGGGGAGCUGGACCGACUGUC